AUGAAAUUCUCCCUACCGUUCUUAUCCCUGGUGGCCGCAGCGUUACCCCUGGUAGCUGCACAGCAAUGCCCCGCGUUCCCUGAACCCAGACCAGCACCAGCCUCACUGCCGUCCGAGGCCACCCUCCCAGACCCCUUCAAGUAUUUCACCAUCGACCGCCGCGUCUCCUCAGUCGACGAGUGGUACAACUGUCGCCAGCCAGAAAUCAAGCGGCUCCUGCAGGAAUACCAAUACGGGUUCUACCCUGACCACUCGGCGGAGACGGUCACGGCUACGAGGAACGGCAACACUCUGACUAUCAACGUCAGCGCAGGAGGAAGGAAUGGCCAGUUCACCGCAUCUUUGGCGCUCCCCAGUGGCGCAAGCCCUUCGAACAAGGUGCCGGUCAUGUUGGCGAUUGGAGGCGUCAACAAUGGAGCGUACACCAACGCGAGGAUUGCAGUCGCCACGAUCAAUUAUAUGAACGUUGCUCCAGAUUCGAAUGGGAAGACUGGUACUUUCUGGAGCUUGUACAAUGGCAAAGACAUCGGUGUCUUGACUGCCUGGGCUUGGGGAGUACACCGAACACUCGACGCCAUCGAAGCCGUAGUCCCCGAGAUUGACGCGACUAAAACUGCGGUGACGGGUUGCUCUCGCCUCGGAAAGGCCGCCCUAGCAGCUGGCCUCUUCGACGAGCGCAUCCUGGUCACAGUUCCCAUGUCCAGCGGUAUCCAAGGUCUAGGGCCGUACCGGUACUGGCAAUUGUCCGGCCAAGGCGAGAACCUCGAGAACAGCAAACAGGGAGCACCGUGGUGGACGUGCAAUGUUAUCAGCGGGUUCUUGAAUAAUCACCAGAGGUUGCCGUAUGAUGCGCACAUGAUUGCUGCUGCGAUUGCGCCCAGGUAUAUGGUGAUUGAUGAAGGCCAGGGCGACCCCUUCGUCAAUGCUAGGGGGACAGCGACCAUCGUGUACCCGGCGGCGAGGGAGGUGUACAAAUGGCUGGGUAUUGAGGAUAGGAUUGGUAUGGCAAUUAGGGGCGGAGGACACUGCGAUAUGUCAGGACACACCAACGUUGUUCCCUUCCUCCAGAAGGUCUUCUUCAAUGCCACCAUCAACAGGGAUUACAACAACCUUGCCCCGUGGUCCGCAACGACAACCGCAUAUCCUUGGGCCACCAAUCUGCCGCAGAACACGGCACCUCCAGUUACCCCGCCUCCCAUUACUACGCAGCCAACUCCUUCCACAACUCCUCCCGUUGUUGUCCCUACGCCCCCGCCGUCAGGAAACUGUGCCUCCAAAUUUGCCCAGUGCGGGGGAAAUGGAUGGACUGGACCGACAUGCUGCGUGUCAGGCUCGACUUGCAACAAGCUGAAUGACUGGUAUUCCCAAUGCGUGUAG